CCCCUUGGUCAGGCUCCGUGACCCCCGAUUUAGAGUCCUCAGAUGAUUAUGAUGAGGAGUUCGAAUAUUCCUCGGUUUACGCCGGCUACACGACUGAUAAUACCGGCUCCUACGACGGCACUGAUGCUGAUGCAACUGAGAGUACGGAUGGCGGCCUCGAUACCGAAGAGAGCGACCAGUUUGACGAUGAGGAAGGUGGAGAAAAAGGCGACCAGUCUGACGAAGAGGAAGAUGGAGAAGAAGGUGACGAGGCUCAAGGGCAUGGUUUCCAUGACCAGGAGUAGGCCGCCGAUGAUGAUACCGAUGGAGAGCUCACUGCGACCGCUUGAGCAGCCACCGGGUCGAGAUGUCCUGAGCUGGCCCUUUUGUGAAUGAAAUACGUGCAGGACUCUCGCAAAAGAAUAAACCCUUGGCCUUGCUAUGCUACUAAUGCACCCAGGGCACAGGGUCAUCAGUGGAUGUGUCUUCAUUUUCCCAUUGGUUUUCUUCAAUUUUGUUUCCGUUUUCCUGCAAUUUCCCUGUUUUUUCCCCUACAUUUUCGUUUCGAUGGAUGGUUUCCCGAAUCGUCACAGGCCCCAAUUAGCUUCCUACCUGUAACUUUCAUUGACAAUUUAUUGAGGUAGUAGUAGGUACUCAGUACUGUCAUAAGUAC